AAAAACGAGCAAUAUUGUUUUGUUCUAGCGUGAUAAUGUGAUAAAAUAACUAUGGGUUCUGAGUAAUCUAGUUUUAAUAAAAAACCAGGGGACCCCCAAGCUCUUUAUUUUAGAUCUAUGAGCGGUGCCUUAGGGCUAAUGAGGGGUCCGUAACCGCCCCAGCCCCCCCUCCCUCAAUUAGAUCCCUGAUCUGAUCGAUAUUAAUAUCAAGAAACAACGGAAAGCACUAUUUAUAUUGUUAUAAACAAAGCGCUGUCACUUUAAAUUUAUCUGCAGCGCGAGCAACUGUACUGAAGUUCUACUCUAUGACAUCACGGCGUUAUCAGUCGCGCGAUCUCAGUCAGUUUAGCAGCUUUGCGUUUCUCGUUGUUUCUGAACAAUCCGACUGAGAGUCGAUUAAUAUCCGAGAAUAUUUUGUCCAAACUGUGUGAUCUCUGAUCUGCGGGAUCUCUGAUCGGCAUUAAGCGAGAUUUUAACUCAGAUUUUCGACGAAACAGAGUGUAAAGCACCAACGGGCGAUUUUAUUUUGCAGAAAAAAUGCCCCAUUACAAGCGAGUACAUUACCCGGAGUCCAUAGAGCUCCUCCCCUUCUUAACCAUCACAGGAAUAGAGACCCCACAUCCCCCACCUGAAAGGAGCUCCAACAUAAAACCUGAGAGCCCUGGAGACGUCUCCGGCAACUCAAGAGCUUAUUGGAGAAUAGAGUCCACAUGUCCCUCCAUAGACUUCAAAGGUGCUGGUGUGUUCUCUCCACACCCCCCGCCUGACAUGAGGUCCCAUACAAAACCUGUGAGUCGUAGAGCACCUUCCGGCGUCUCAGUGGAUUGUGGGAACGUUACUGUUGGGAAACAAUCAAAACACCUCCCUCCCUUAAACCAAAGAGGUGUUGGUGUAUCGCGGCCACAUCCACCUGACAGAAGCUCUGUGUGGGAUCCCCACGGCCACAUAACCAUCCUCAACGUCUUGAAGGAUUAUGGGGACAUUACUGGCUCGCAGCGUGUUGGACAUCCCCCUCCUGUAAAGUACACAGGUGCAGGUGUGCAGCGCCCAGAGUUACAUAAAAGAUGUAAAGUUAUUCCUGCCAUUACAAAGGCAUGUCAGAACAUUCCUGCACUGCAGCAACCCAAGGACCUCCCCCCCAUAAACAUCAUAGGUGUUGGUCUACAUUCACCACAUCCACCAUCUGAUUUAACCCCUCAAAUUAAACCCGAGGGCCACGACGUUCUUCCCUCAACCUCAGAGAAGCAGGAAUGCGGGAACAUUAAGCGGUCACAGAAGUCUAAACUUCCUCUCAUAAACACCAGAGGCGUUGGUGCAUUGCGGCCACAUCCACCUGACAGAAGCUCAGUGAUGGAUCACGAGAGCCGCAAAACUGUCCUAGACCUCUUGAGGGAUUAUGAGAACAUUACUGGCUCCCAGCAGGCUGCACAGCUCUCUCCCUUAAACUACAAAGGUGCAGGUGUGCAGCACCCAGAGUUACAUAAAAGAUGUAAAGUUCUUCCUGCCAUUACAAAGGCAUGUCAGAACAUUACUGGUCCGCAGCAAUAUGAGGACAUCUCCCUCUUACAUGUCAGAGGUGUUGGUCUACAUACACCACAUCCACCAUCUGACUUUACCCCUCAAAUUAAACCCGAGGGCCACAACGUUCUUCCCUCAACCUCAGAGAAGAAGGAAUGUGGGAACUUUAAGCGUUCCCAGAAGUGUAAACUUCCUUCCACAAACCUCACAGGAAUGAGGGCGGAGCCACCACAGAAGAGAAUACAGCUGUGGGAACCAAGUGAUAGACCUUUUGCUUUCGUCUGUAAAAGAAUAUUAGAAGAUGCGAAGAUUGACCGUGAAUAUCAAAACAGCCUUUCUUUAGCAGAUCGAGAGACAUUCUCAUCUAGGUUUAAAAAAAUGAAAAUUGAUGACAUAAGGAAUAUCCUUUGGAGAAAGAAGAGUUAAGGAUAUGGCCGCUACACGUACUGCUGAAGGAAGCUAAAAAAAGAGGAGACUGUCGUGGACGUGGGUGGCUGGCUGCCUGGAGUUGCCGGCUGCACCGGACUGGAAUGGCUGGCUCCCUAGAGUGGCCUCUGCACCAGACUGGAGUGGCUGGCUGCCUGGAGUGGCCGGCUGCACCGGACUGGAGUGGCUGGCUCCCUAGAGUGGCCUCUGCACCAGACUGGAGUGGCUGGCUGCCUGGAGUGGCCGGCUGCACCGGACUGGAGUGGCUGGCUCCCUAGAGUGGCCUCUGCACCAGACUGGAGUGGCUGGCUGCCUAGAGUGGCCUCUGCACCGGACUGGAGUGGCCGGCUGCACCGGACUGGAGUGGCCGGCUGCCUAGAGUGGCCAGCUGCACCGGCCUGGAGUGGCUGGCUGCCUGGAGUGGCCGGCUGCUCCGGACUGGAGUGGCUGGCUGCCUGGAGUGGCCGGCUGCUCCGGACUGGAGUGGCUGGCUGCACCGGACUGGAGUGGCCGGCUGCACCGGACUGGAGUGGCCAGCUGCCUAGAGUGGCCAGCUGCACCGGACUGGAGUGGCAGGCUGCCUGGAGUGGCCGUCUGCUCCGGACUGGAGUGGCUGGCUGCCUGGAGUGGCCGGCUGCCUGGAGUGGAGUGGCCGGCUGCACCGGACUGGAGUGGCCGGCUGCACCGGACUGGAGUGGCCGGCUGCACCGGACUGGAGUGGCCGGCUGCACCGGACUGGAGUGGCCGGCUGCCUAGAGUGGCCAGCUGCACCGGACUGGAGUGGCUGGCUGCCUGGAGUGGCCGGCUGCUCCGGACUGGAGUGGCUGGCUGCCUGGAGUGGCCGGCUGCACCGGACUGGAGUGGCCGGCUGCACCGGACUGGAGUGGCCGGCUGCACCGGACUGGAGUGGCCGGCUAUACCGGACUGGAGUGGCCGGCUGCCUGGAGUGGCCGGCUGCUCCGGACUGGAGUGGUCGGCUGCCUAGAGUGGCUGGCUGCACCGGACUGGAGUGGCUGGCUGCACCGGACUGGAGUGGCCCGCUGCCUAGAGUGGCUGCACCGACCACUGUUUGCCACAAAACAGGAACAUCACACAUUUGACCUGAAACAACUGCAAACCAAGAUAUGAAUUCAAAUCUUUAAUGAAGAAUCGUAUCCCUUGUGAAGUGUUACAUUCCUCUAAUAAUAAAUGCUAUUAUUGUACAUCA